UUUUGCAUAUUGUCAAAAAACGCACGCAAAUGUAAACAAUUGAAAGAAAACCUCAAGUGAAUUAGCGAAAUUUCAGCUGGCUGGAAUUAUUUGUUGUUUAGAAACUAGCACGAAUUAAAUAUUCCUAAUUAAAAAUGCCUCACGGUCAUUCUCAUGAUCAUGGACACGGUUGUGGUCACGAGGCCACCGACGUAGAUCAUGCUCUCGAAAUGGGCAUUGAAUAUAGUUUAUAUCAAAAGAUCGAUAUGGAAAAUUUGGAAUGUUUAAAUGAAGAGUCCGAGGGUAGUGGCAAGAAAGUCUUUAAACCCUAUGAGAAACGUUUGGACUUGACAGAGUUUGUACAGAGUGAUGCCGAUGAGGAGUUACUUUUCAAUAUACCCUUUACGGGCAAUGUUAAAUUGAAGGGUAUUAUUAUUGCGGGAGCCAAUGAUGAUUCACAUCCCAAUAAAAUGAGAUUAUUUAAAAAUCGACCUGCCAUGACUUUCGACGAUGUUAGAGGCAAAGCUGACCAGGAGUUCGAAUUGACCAGAGACAGCCGUGCCGAAAUUGAAUAUGCCCCUAAAGUUGUAACAUUUUCUUCUGUCCAUCAUUUAUCCAUACACAUACCCUCUAAUUAUGGUGAUGAUAAUACUAAAAUAUAUUAUAUAGGUCUUCGGGGAGAAUUUAGUGAAGCCCAUUAUCAUGGUGUUACUAUUUGUACUUAUGAGGCCCGUCCCAAUGUUAGUGAUCACAAAAGUGAUGCAUUUGAUGCUGUCAAUCGUACUAUACAGUAAAAUGGAAAUGAUUUCAAAUCGCACAUAUGAUGAUAUUUUUUAUACGAAAUGAUUUUUAUUUAAUAAACAAAAGUGAAUAACUUAAAAA